AUGCUUGGACCCGUCGAGGAUGACGACGCACGUCGGCAGAUGUCUCGAUCGUCGUCGCGCAACUCACUUGCCGUGCCUGAUGGCUCCUCAUCCCAACGUUCCUCUGUAUCAGAUACCCAUCAGCGAUCUACGGAGGUGACAGCGCUGUCGGGAGGAUCGGUUGAUGAAGACGCGCGGUCGCACCUGUCCAGCUCUUCGUUGACGACGUUGGCAGCCCAGUCGGGUCCUUCUGAGUUACUACCUGCAUCCAAAGCUGCAAGUACUACGAGUGUCGAUACAGAGAAACCAUCUCAGCACUAUCUAUACCGUGACUCCUCCUCGCACGCGCGAGCACUGCAUUGGCUCAGACAUGUGCAACAGCAUCAGCGUCUCCAUGGCGACGAGUCGCCAGAGCGCCAACGUACCAGUGACGAUACCCAUCGCACCUCACAUGUUCGCCACUCGAACAGGUCGUCUCUUUGCACGCUCAUGCCUCGGUCGCCAUCACCUCGUGUGCCACUCUCGGACACGUCGUCGGUCCUGCUCGAAACGCCACCGAUGCGGUGCAUGCAGUUGCAGUCUGCCGAAGACGUGCGUUUCUCGCGGGCCACAUCCAAUUCACACAGCACGUCAGACAGCUCACGAGCAUCAUCACGUCGGCGCACAACAUCUGACUUUGUCUUCGGCGAGGUGCUCGGAGAGGGCUCCUACUCGACUGUGAUCAAGGCAUGGGAUGUACACGACUGGCCCGAUGCUGAGCGGCAGGUCCUUGUGGCACGCGCCACUGCGCUCAAUGCUGCGGCUGGUCAAGCUGGCUCUAUGCCUGUAUCUGACCACAUGCCCAAAGCUUAUGCCGUGAAGAUACUCGACAAGGUCCACAUCCUGAAGGAAAAGAAGCAGAAGUAUGUGCGGGUGGAGAAAGAGGCCCUUAGCCUGCUUGUCAACACCCCUGGUGUGGUGACUCUGUAUCAUACAUUUCAAGACCGCGAGAGCUUGUACUUUGUGCUAGAGCUUGCACCAAAUUGCGAGCUGCUGCACUAUGUACAAAAGUAUGGCUCGCUAGAUCUUGAUUCUGCAACGUUCUAUGGUGCACAGCUUGCUGAUGCGAUUGACCGUAUUCAUCGCGCUGGCGUUGUGCAUCGAGAUAUCAAGCCAGAGAACGUGUUGCUAGACGGACAUAUGCGUGUUCUCGUGACAGACUUUGGCUCGGCUCGUGUAUUGGGCCGUUCAGCUGACUCGUUGCCGGACGAAAGAACGCACAGCUUCGUUGGCACGGCCGAGUAUGUGAGUCCUGAGCUUCUGAACGAUCAGGUCGUUGGCAUGCCCGCUGACUGGUGGGCAUUUGGUUGCGUCUUCUUCCAGAUGAUUGCCGGGCAUGCACCGUUCCGCGCUGCGAACGAGUACCAGACAUUCCAAAAGAUCUUGCAUCGUUCUUUUGCCUAUCCCGUGAAUUUUCCCUCUGACGCACGCAUUUUGAUCGAUGCGCUUCUUUGCCUCGAUCCAAACGUGCGCGCGACGGCCAAAGAUGUGAAACGCAACGUGAUUUUCCAUUCCAUCGACUUCGCAACUCUCUGGACAAUCGAGCCUCCCCAAAUCCGCCCCGAUUACAUGCAGCGGCCCCAAUCCGACGAGUCAGAGACGCGGGCCUUGGCCGAGCUUGAUGAGCGCAUGAACGACCUUGGUUGUCAGCGCGAGGACUCUUUCGCCUCACUGGAGCCGUCGAGUGUCACAGACGACUCUUCCGUUGCCUCCAGCAGUGAGCUCCCUGGCCGAAAGGCCCCGCCAUCGAGAUCGACUUCUAGCUCUUCCCGUGCCAAAGGCCUGCAGCACAAAGGUCAAGUUUGGACAGAUCUUUUACUGCCAAGCGAGGAUGUUGUCUUCUCUAGCCCCAUGCUUCUAAGACGCUCUGCUAACACUGGCAUGUUUGCCCGAAAAUGCCAAAUGAUCUUAACGACCCUUCCCCGACUGUGUUGUAUAAAAGAAACCUCUCGCUCCGUUCAGGUCCUCGCCGAUAUUCCUUUAUGUCCUCCUCAGUCUCUUCCUUCCAAAGAACCCCCCAUUUCUGACCUAACACGCCCACCCACGAUCCUGGUGCGGAGUGAGUCUCGUCGAAGUGCUCAAAGUCAAUCGCGCUUGCAUCGCUCACAUUCAACCAAAAGUCGCAUGCAAGCUCUCUCACGUACGCUUGGCCUCCGGUCCAAACAGGAGGAUGAUUACAACGACUGUGUCAAACCUUUAGACCGAGUCAUGUCUGCUUCAGGUGAUGCCUCCGGCUCUUGGCCUGUGCAGGUCGACUUGCGCGGGCAACGUGGAUUUGUGUUGCAAACGCCUGAAAGGCAAUGGCAGUUUGAAGACCCUGCUGGCGAUGCUCCGUUUUGGGUACAAAGUAUUUUGGAAUCAUUGCAGUCACAGCCUGCUGUCCAAUAG